AGGCGUUAUUUUGAAAAGGUUUCCAACGACGCCGGGUCAUAUGUGCCGUACAGUUUAUAAAUGAGCAUUGGAAAUAAAAAAUAUUCUCAGAUCUCUAGUUUCAAGCCUAAUGAUAGAGAUGUACCCCGAGCUCCUGCGCUGCCAAAUAGAACUUCAGCACGUGGUUGGCAUAAAAGCGAAUCAAGUAGUAAAGAAAUGAAGAAGUUAAGCAAAGAGCUGCCUCAUGUAAAAAGUUGUGCUUCGAAAUGCCAACAAAGUAAUCAGAAACAAUUAGUAAACAUCACACCAUCUGCUUGCAUAUCCAAGUUCUCUCUUAAAUCGGUUAACGACAAAGAAACCAAGCAUUUAAAUUUUAAUAGAAUAACAAACAUUCAAAUUGAUGUAAAACCGUCCACCACUUAUACUUCAGCCGCUACAAAUAAUACACAUAGGUUAAAACGUUCAAUAAUUAGAAAAGAUGAAAAGGAUUUUUUUAGCAGUUUUGAGAAAAAAUAUUCUAUACACAAUUAUAAUCCUUUAAAAUUAAAUAAUAACUGUCAUAUAAGUAAACCAGAUUACAAACAUGCUCUUAGCUUGACAACUGGCAAGUCAGAACUGGUAAAAAAGGUGUCAGUUAAUCAAUCUGAUCAUUCUAAGUGUAGUAAUUAUCUUUCAUUGAAUGGAAGUCAGUUAUCUUCAUGGUUAAUGCAGUGUAACAAUGCUUCUACGACAUUACAUAAUAAAAAAGAAGCGAUAGAUUCAACUCCACGAGGAUACGUCAACAGCUAUUUAUCUUCACAGCCUUUUAUAAAACAAUCAACUAAUGUAGUAGUUGGGUCAGGAAAGAGCAUUGAUUUCAAUGAGCAGAAAUCAAAUGGGAAAGCUAAACGUGUUUCAAAUGAGUUAAAUACAAUCAGUUCAGAGUAUUCUAUAAAAAAACAUAAUAAUCGCAAUCACAAAACAUACAACAAACCAACAAACAUCAAUGCUUCGAAAUAUUAUCGAUGUUCAAAAAUCGAGCCGAGUGAGCAGUUAAUUGAUAAUGAAUCUGAUGAGAACGUAAAUUCUAGUGCUGCCAAGUAUUAUGAUAUUAACUCUACAAAUGUAACAGAUUGGGGUAGUGUUUCUUCAUCUGAAUGGGGUGAUGAUAUGUGUGAGUUUGAUCGUCAACAAUCUUUCCGUGUACAUGAAAUGUUUGAGGAAAUCGAUCGGAUUUUAUUUGAUAACUCGAAUCCAGAUCUACAAGAUUCAAUGCUGAGGUAUACAUCAAUAACAACAACAAAUGUUGACGAUGAACCGUCUCAGCAUAUCAAUACUUCAAAUAUUAUCAAUUCGCCUUCAUGCACGGAUGGUUAUGAUUCAAUGGGUUUAGAUAAUUUUGCAUUAAUGUCUUUAGAUUCAAUUAAAAAUCGAAACCCACCUUAUCAGUAUCCUGAUCAUCUUAAUUCAUCAGUUACCAACUGUAUAAAUAAUAAUCCUUGUGGAAUUCAAGAUCAUUUAUUUUAUGAAUGUAAAGACUGGUUAUCUCGAUUCCCACAUUUACGUGUUGUUGGUAAACAAAUAAAACUUUCUGAUGAAAAUAAAUCUACUUUUCAUCAUGAUGAUAGUAAUCUCAUAUCAGUGUUCCCUAACAUGAUUAACGUAUCAAGCACAAUCAUGGAUACAUCUCUGAAUAUGAAGAAAGUUAUCACUGACAGAAGGUUAAAUCAUAUACAAAGUGAAACGGGGAAAAUUGAAGAUCAACUUUCUAGUCCACCAACAUCCACUAACUGCAUGGAGGAAGAGAUAUUCGCUAUAGAUGGUGAGUAUGAAGAAUGUACGGAUGGUGUAACCGUAAGCAGCAAAUACAAUCCAACUUGCAACAUCGAACAAAGUAAACAAUUAUCAUCAUACGAUCAUACGCAUAUUCAAGAUAAAUUGUUAUUUGAUGGUAAAGAGCCUAAGAUUUCGAAGUCCCAUCAAAGUAACAAACAUCAUGGUCAUCAUAAGUAUCACGGUUAUCAUCAUUUUAGACAUAAACACAAAGAAAAAUCGAAUCCUGCUCCAACACAUUCGAAUUCAGAAGAAUAUAAUGACAAAUUAUGCAUCUUACCUGAUGCAGUAUCUAAUUCGUGUUUCCCUUCAUCGCUUUCCAUAGCAUUGGAAAGGGUUAAGCAACCUGAUAGUUUGGAUAAUUGUCAUUCGGAAAGCGACUUCACUUCCCCGCUAUUAAAUUCAGUUGAAAUGAUUCUUAGAAUAAUAUCUCAGCAGUUAUGGAAUGAUCUUACACAGUGGAUGAAGAUGUUAUUAUCUGAGAAUACGUUUCCGAACUUAAACAAAUAUGAAACUAAUGGAAUUAGUCAGAAAGCUUCUCCUCAUAGUCCAUUUCAAUCUCAUCUGCUACUCGAUACCACUUUUUCACGAUGCGAUUCAUCAGUUGGUGAUGCACAAAAUUCAUCCGCUUUGCCAUCAUUUCGACUAUUUAAACAAACAAAGCAUUCUAAUUCAGAUACACCAAAUUGCCUCAGCGGUCAACACGCUGUACAAACUCAUGAGUCAAAUAUUGAACUUGCCGAUCUAUUGCAAAUUUCAACCAAAACACUUCAAACACGUGAAAAGUCGUUAGUUCAGGAAAAUAUUGAUCCUUUCUCUAAAAUACAGUACACUGGAAGUAACACAAUUUUGAAAGACUCUACAAAUAAUCAUUCAAUAUCUUCUGUAGGUGGUUCACAGUUGACAUCAGUGACUAUGACAACCAUUACUACAGCAUUAUCUCGUAUAAGUCCCCAAUCUAUUGGAACUAUUUCUAUGAACAGGCCAAUAUCCAGUUUAAACAAUAAAUCUGCAACCAAUGUUCCACGUAAAUUUAUCCUUACGUGUAACAAUUCUGUGCCUGAAUUAUCUCAUCAUAGCAGAACCAGUGGAGUUGCUGUUAUUGGUGUUGCCGCUAACUUAUACCAUAAUGAAAAACUUGCUCCAUUAGAUAGAUUACGUACACCUCUACCACCACAAUACUCUUCUAUAUCGGAGGAACCAUCGUUUAACACAGUAUCAUCAAAAACCGCAAACAUACAUUUUACAAAUACAGAGACUUCUCUUAACUCUACCUGUUCGGCAAGUUUAGCAAAAUGUCAUAAUUUAAAUGUUAGUCAGUUACUAUCCCCUGUAACAGUAAGUAAUGCCUUAACUUCACUCCCACUAGUAAUAACAACAACAAUACUGCACACCGUACCUAAUUCAAUAAACAGCAGUAGCCAAAUUCCGUCAGUGAAUACAACCAGUAUGAUGAAUGAAACUACAAGUUCAGGGAAUUUCACGUUACCCCCGUUGUCUAAUCCAAUAAACAUUUUAUCAACCGUCACCACAGCUAUAUGUUUUCCUCCAUCCAACUCUUUAAAUAUAGAAUCAAGCCUGCCAAAUCCAAAGAUUAAUUUAUUUACAAAUAAUAAAACUGGAUUUGGAAUAUAUCAAGGUAGUGAACAAAGUAACCAGCAUACAACACAUUUGCAUAAAAAAAUAUGUGAGAAUUUAGUUGCGAAACAGAACAGCGUUAGCAAUACUCUUGGGAACACAUCUAUUUUUACACAAAGAAUUCCAUCGAAAUUAUCUAUGCAUUGGAAUCAAAAUUCUCCAAAGGAAGCUUCAUUUCCUUUACCACCUAUUGAUAUAUUCAAAGACCGAUUUGGAAGAAAACAAAAGCUAUGGCGACCAUACAGUUCAAGACCGUUAUUAUUAAAUAAAUCAAUUACGAAUCCUUCUAGUAUGUUGACAAGAGCUUGCUCAACAUUGUUAAUUCAAAACCCUGAAAUUUAUAAUGAUUCAUGCUCAACAAAAAUAAGUAGGUUAUGCUUCAUCUCUGUUUGCGCUUAUAUUUUGAAUAAAUGAAUAGCAUAAAAAUUGCCUAAAGACUCAAUAAAAGUCGUUAGAAUACACUCCUAUGAAUGAUAAUGCAGCCUUCUGACUGACAAAAAAGCGAUCAUCAUUGAUCAUGAGAAUAUUUUGGUAGUUAGAAACAAGUGAUACUUUUUUCAUUUAGGUUCUUUUUAGGGGAUUCACAUUACGUAAUUUUUUAACUGAUAUCUGUCUGAACACAACAAUGCUAAAUACUAUUGACACUCGUGACUAAGGUUCCGCAGUUUAGGCCGAUUGAAAUUGCUUCUUAAAACAUUUGUACACAGCCUUCCAAAUAAUCAUCACUGAACACGAUCAUAAUGAGAACUGAACCGCAUGUUUGAAAAAAAAGAUCGAAUUUUCAAACCCUUACUAACUUUAUUAUCCUAAUCUACAGAGCAAUAAUCUAACUGUCUCAAACAAUUGAUGUCAUUGUGUAUUUUCAACGAUCUCUCCAAACAAUCUUUGAACUGUAACUUUCUAUUAUUUUCUUCAUAGAACCUAAUUUAGUUUCAUCAUACCACUGGUCCAACGUGCAAUAUUUACUGUUCUUUUAUUACUUUCUUCCAGUUACUUUUUUUCUUCCCUUUCUGUCUCUAAUAAGGUCCAGCAAUUUUUAUUGGCUCUACAACUAACCCCAUAAGAGGUAAUGAUGCAGUUACACGUUAAUGAUUACAUCCAAAUUAUUAUUAACAUGAAGUUAAGCAGAGAUGUGUUCGUGAGUGAUCGAGCCAAGCAAAGGAUAUCUUCAUCUUCAGGCGUUUCAAGAAAGGAAACUAUAAAACAGUUUUACGUUUGUUGCAGGUAGAUAGAAAGAAUUAUCUUUAUGAACCGUUAUAUAUAUAAUGUGCAUUUUCACAUAUGUAUAUCCACGUAUUACUAAUCACAUUUAUUAUUCUGCAACUGACCAUGUAUUUGAGUUUAGCUGUAAAUAAGAAAUCAACGUAUUUAAAUCAUUUAUGAACCGAGAAAACUAAUUAAAUAUGUAUUUUUUAAACUUGUUUAAACUCAUUUGUGUCAAGACAUGUAUAUAUUAAAAUAUAUAUUGUCUUU